AUGUCGGACAUAUCUGAUCAUUCUGAUAUGAUGGACUUCGAGGAGGACGAUGACAGACAGAUCGCUCCGACACGUCGAGGUUUGCCUGCCGACACUGGUAGCCCUGAGGACUGGGAGGAUGAUAGUGUCAUGUUUGGAGAGGUCUUGAACACGAUUAAGAAGCAACCUGUUGUAGAAUCUCCCAAUGCCAACUACCGCCAAUACGUCCCUCACCUUCCCCACGAUGAGGACUACCACAAGAAGGUCGGCACUCCAGCAGAUUGGUUCGGAACCAUCGCUCCAGGCUCAGUUCAACGAAUCGAUGAAACCAAGGUCAUGGUCUGGAUGCCAGUUGAGAAGAUCAAGGAAACCCUUCGCGCUGCCGCCAUCGAGAAGGAGCUGAAGAAGAGAAAGGAUGCCGAACACCCAUUCCUUGGUUUGCCCAUGCUGUUCAACAUCACCGGACGAGACCCAGUCGAUGACCCAGAAUACCAACACUCCGACCCAUACUACGAAGACCCGAACGGACCACUAGGCCAUCACAAAGAUCCAUACCGGAAGGACUUGGUUCCAGUCAAAAAACCUGAGGUGCCAGACUCCACCACCCCAGGACAAGCAAAGACAAAGGCUGCAAAGAGUAAGGCUCCAGCUUCUGCACUAGGAAAUGGCGAUCACUUCGUCAACUCACCUCACGGAAACUCCCCUCCAAACCCGGCCAAGAGAAAGGUUAGUACCUACUCGAAGUACAACCCGAACAAGAAGAGAGCCUACACCUGGAAGAAUGGAAGUGCCCCGAAGAGACGCCUCGGCCAUGUCAAGUAUCCUCCUGGCCACGAGUUCUACGAGAAGCCGAAGAAGGGCGAGUACCAUGUUGUUCUUGAGGGUGAGGAUGAAGCUGGUGAUGUGACUACGGCUGCGGAAUAA